GCCCUUCUACUGCGGGACACAGCCCAGCAGCAGCCCGGUUACAGUGACUAUCGUCAGCUCCUGCCCCAACUGCCAGUCUUCCGAGUGGAGGAGCUGGUACAGUCGGCCUGCCAGCCUGCAACAGCAGCAGUUCGAAUUACGUCGUUGCAGACCUAUGAGUUGCCCCUACUGGCCGAGUUGACAGUCAAUUUACUGCGACGUCUCAGCGAGACCUUUGCCCUGUUGGAACGAGUCAUUUCGGCCAGUGAGUGGUCCCAGAGCGAGACUGGAAACGCCCAGACUCUGCUCUCACGUCUGCUCUUCUACCUUUCGGCUGCCCACAACUUCUUUCUCUUCACUUUUACCGUGUUGACUCGAGAUCAUUAUUAUAUACUCGUCUUCACUUAA